CGAACACAACCUGGAACCGGUUUUUUCUUUUUCCUAUACAACGAACUGCAGAAAAAACCGGGAAGACAACCGGAAUUUCCAUGGAUAAAACGCCCUGAACAGAGCGCCUCUGGUCUUGAUUUCUUACUUCGUUUUCGUUUUUUAAUAUUCUCUUCUUUCAGCUGAAUUUCAGACAAGAUCCGUUGUAUUUGGAUUCCAAGAACUCUCCUCUUUGGUCCCUUUUUUUUUUUUCUUUUUUUUCUUUUUUUCAGAUUUCAUUUCCUGCUGUUGGAUUCAGGGUUUUACUCCGUUUCUCAUCUACUUUGAUGUUUUCGUGAUGUGGGGUUUCCAUACUUUUCCUGUUCUUGGUUUACUGGGAUUUUGAUUUUCCUUCCAUCUCCUACUUUCGAUGUUUUGGGAAGUUGGUUUUCUUGGAUUUCGAUUUUUCUUCCACUUCUCAAUUCAUCUGAUGUAUUCUUGACUUGGAUUAUCGGUAAAUUGGCGUUUCUCGAUGCGGUAUUUCGGUUUCUGUCUUUGCCUUUGAUGCUUUGAGAUUUUCCGUUUUAAGGGAGUUCCUCAUUUUACACUGGAUUAAUGGCGGAGGAAGGCGCGGAGAGGGAGAAUGGCGGAUUGGUGACGAUGGAUUCGUUGGAAUCGAGAUGGGUUUUUCAAGACGAAGACGACUCGGAAGAAGAUUUGCCUUCUCGGAUGGGUUUCGAUUCUGAAGAAGAUGAAAACGCUGAGCAGCGGUUGAUCAGGACUGGCCCGCGGAUUGAUUCCUUCGAUGUCGAGGCACUUGAGGUUCCCAGUGUUCAAAGGCAUGACUAUGAUGACUUUACCGUGGGAAGGAAAAUUGUGCUAGCUUUUCAGACACUUGGAGUUGUCUUUGGUGAUGUCGGGACGAGUCCUUUGUAUACGUUUGGUGUGAUGUUUAACAAAUGUCCUAUCCGCGGGAAGGAAGAUGUUCUUGGAGCGCUCUCACUGAUUCUGUAUACCCUGAUUCUAAUACCGCUGGUGAAAUAUGUCCUUGUUGUUCUUUGGGCAAAUGAUGAUGGUGAAGGGGGCACAUUUGCUUUAUACUCGUUGAUUUGCAGGAAUGCGAAGGUCAGUCUUCUCCCAAACCAAUUGCCAUCUGAUGCUCGUAUAUCGAGUUUCAGGCUCAAGGUGCCGUCGCCUGAGCUUGAGAGGUCACUAAAAGUUAAGGAGCGUCUUGAGAAUUCACUGGGACUGAAAAAGCUUCUGCUCGUGUUAGUGCUUGCCGGUACUUCCAUGGUGAUAGCAGAUGGGGUUGUUACUCCUGCAAUGUCAGUUAUGUCGGCUGUGAGUGGUCUAAAAGUUGGAAUAUCAGGAUUUGAGCAAGAUAAAGUGGUGAUGAUUUCGGUUGCGGUUCUUGUAAUUUUGUUCAGUGUACAGAGGUUUGGAACAAGCAAAGUUGGGCUGGCAGUUGGCCCUGCUUUAUUCGUAUGGUUUUGUUGCCUUGGGGGCAUUGGGAUCUACAACCUCAUAAAAUGUGACUCAAGUGUGUUGAAGGCAUUUAAUCCUGUACACAUCUAUUAUUUUUUCAAGAGGAAUUCAACACAGGCAUGGCUGUCUCUUGGGGGUUGUCUUCUUUGUGCAACAGGUUCCGAGGCGAUGUUUGCAGACCUUUGCUACUUCUCAGUGAGAUCGGUGCAGCUUACCUUUGUGUUUCUGGUUCUGCCUUGCCUUCUGUUGGGAUACAUCGGCCAAGCUGCAUUCCUAAUGGACAAUCUAACAAUGUCUGAGGAUGUUUUCUUUUCUUCCGUUCCAAAUGGAGCUUUCUGGCCUGUACUCCUCAUAGCCAAUGUUGCAGCAUUGAUCGCCAGUCGUGCGAUGACAACAGCGACAUUCUCAUGCAUAAAACAAUCCACAGCUCUUGGGUGUUUCCCUCGCCUUAAAAUCAUUCACACGUCUCGGAAAUUCAUUGGUCAGAUUUACAUUCCUGUGGUGAAUUGGUUUCUGCUGGUUUUCUGUCUGGUUUUUGUCACCUCCUUCGUGAGCAUAAACGAGCUGGGGAAUGCAUACGGCAUUGCUGAGCUCGGAGUGAUGAUGGCAACGACGAUUCUAGUAACCAUUGUCAUGCUUCUUAUAUGGCAGAUAAAUAUCAUUGUUGUCCUCAGUUUCCUCGUUUUCUUCUUGGGGAUGGAAUUGGUUUUCUUUUCUUCAGUAUUAUGGAGUGUGGGAGACGGAAGCUGGAUCAUAUUGGUAUUUGCAGCCAUAGUUUUUAUGAUAAUGUACAUCUGGAAUUACGGGAGCAAGCUCAAAUACGAAACUGAAGUCAAGCAGAAGCUGUCAAUGGAUCUGCUGCUGGAAUUGGGCUGCAACCUCGGGACUAUCAGAGCUCCUGGCAUUGGCUUAGUGUAUAAUGAGCUGGUGAAAGGUAUUCCGGCAAUAUUUGGCCAUUUCCUGACGACCCUUCCGGCCAUCCACUCUAUGAUCAUAUUUGUUUGCAUAAAGUAUGUGCCGGUUCCUGUAGUGCCUCAGAAUGAAAGGUUUCUCUUUCGGCGGGUCUGCCCAAAAAACUACCACAUCUUUCGCUGCAUUGCCAGGUAUGGCUACAAGGACGUGCGCAAGGAAAACCACCAGACAUUUGAGCAGCUGCUGAUUGAGAGCCUCGAGAAAUUCAUCCGCCGGGAAGCCCAGGAACGGUCCCUGGAGAGUGACGAUGACGAUGGUGAAACUGAGUCUGAAAACGAGGUGGGUUCGAGAAUUCUAGUAGCUCCCAAUGGGAGUUUCUAUUCACUUGGGGUGCCACUCUUGUCCAAUUUCAGAACCACCGGCAAAACGAUUAUGGAAGCAAGCACCUCUGGCGAGGUGGGGCCCACUCUUCCCCCAGCCGAUCCAGGGAUGUCGGAAGCACAGCAGAGCCUGGAGAGGGAGCUCUCCUUCCUACACAAGGCCAAAGAGUCAGGGGUGGUAUACCUUCUCGGGCAUGGAGAUAUCCGGGCGAGGAAGGACUCAUGGUUUAUCAAGAAACUCGUGAUAAAUUACUUCUAUGCAUUUUUGAGAAAGAACUGCCGAAGAGGUAUAGCGACUUUGAGUGUGCCACACACGAAUUUGAUGCAGGUGGGCAUGACUUACAUGGUCUGAGGCCUGCAUUUCCAGCCGAAAGAAGGCAGUUGUUUUUCCAUUUUUCUCUCUCAUGGCAUUUAAAUUCACUGGCUUGGUUCGGAAGGCGUUGGACCACAGUUUGCUUCCCAAAGCGGUGGGAUCAUGUGGGGUUUUAUUAGUCAAUUUUGAGGGGCUGGCAAGAACUGAAGAUGCUUUAUAAAUGAGUAGAUAGGGGCUGGCCCAUGUCCUUUGAUUUGCUUACUGGUGAGGGCCUUUGCAUGCCUGCCAUGAAACUCCCAUGAUUUCUGGUGUAGCUUUUGGCCGUUGUUAUCCAUGUUCAUGGAUUGUUUUUCCUACUGGCUUUAGGAAGAUAUACGAAAGAGAUGGUUGUAAUUACAUGACGGAUAUGCAAAGUGAAUGGAUGGAUGUUUUUUCAUUUUCGUAAUGCAGAUUGAGACCUUACUGUAUGUGACAGGUAAAAAGAUAGCCUGUUGUUAGAUCAGGUUUAUCCGUGACAUUUGUGCUGUGAAAAUUCAGAUCAGGAAUGUAGAGUGCAGUUUUGGUGCU